CUGUCUAAGAACAACAACAACAACAAACCGUUCGCUCCUUCUUUCGCGCUCUUCUCCCCGAUGGCUCGCUGGGCUGGAGAGGGGCUUUUCCUGCCCUAAGCCCGGGUGCGCAGCAGUUGCUGCCUGACUCCAGCUCCAGCUCCCCGCCAAACUUCUCCCAGCGAUCACCAGAGGCUCCGGCAGCCCGCCAAGGGCUUUCCAAACCUCCCUUGCGCAAAACCAGAAUUAGCCGGUGCCUCGCACACAUGGGAAGAGUGCGCCGACUUGCAAGCGGCCAGAGAUGGGCCGCCGGCGGUGCAGGGAGUUGGUGGAGGAAGAAGAGCAGGACGAUCAAGCCGAGGCGAGGUGCCCUGGGGACAAAAGGGCAACGAUCGGGGGUCGAGGCCGGCGGGGGAAUUAAGCCCCCACCCAAUCCCGACCCCGCUUCCCUCCGUCCGUCCCUCCCCCAGCACGGGUGAGGAGAGCGCCGGGCGGGCGCAUUGCUGAAGAUGCCACUCCAGACUGCAGCAGUCCCGGGGACUCCGCGGGAAGCAGCAGCGGAUCCGCCGCGUUCGAGAGGCGCCCGGGAGUUUCUGCUCGCGGGGAGCCACUGAGGAAGACACCAGAAGCGAGAGCCGCAACAUGAACGAGCCAUUGACUACCAUGAAGCCAUUUACUACCGAUAGCCUUAACUUGCAAAGAGCUUUCGAAAUUAGGCUGAGGGGGCUGCAUGCCAUGGAAGUGUACAACCUGAUCAUUAACUCUGCAGUCCUAAACCUGUCUACUCAGAUGUAAGAUCCAUCGAGUUUCGUGGGACUUUCUCCCAGGAUACUCAGUGGAAAAUGUACGCCAGUCGUGAAGAUGUUGGCUAUGAUUUUGAAGAGGAUUCCAAAGACAGGAAGAAGAAGCUUAUGGCAAAUCCAGAUGUUGAUGGUGGAUGGGCUUGGAUGAUUGUCUUUUCUUCUUUCCUGGUGCACAUACUCAUCAUGGGAUCACAAAUGGCCCUUGGUGUUCUCAACAUGGAAUGGCUUGACGAAUUCAGCCAAAGUCGAGGCCUGACAGCGUGGGUCAGCUCCCUCAGUAUGGGUAUAACCCUGAUUGUAGGUCCUUUUAUUGGUUUGUUCAUUAACACCUGCGGUUGCCGGAAGACAGCAAUAGCUGGAGGGAUCUUGACUGCUGUAGGUUGGAUACUGAGCUCCUAUGCCUCAAAUGUACAUUACCUGUUUAUAACAUUUGGAGUUACAGCUGGUGUUGGGAGUGGGAUGGUAUACCUGCCUGCUGUGGUCAUGGUAGGAGAAUACUUUGAGAAGAGAAGAGCACUUGCCCAGGGACUCAGCACAACUGGGACGGGCUUCGGUGCUUUCCUGAUGACAGUUCUGCUGAAAUACCUUUGUAUGGAGUUCGGCUGGAGGAACGCAAUGUUCAUCCAGGGCGCGGUCUGUCUGAACCUGUGUGUUUGUGGAGCGCUCAUGAGACCAGUUUAUUACAAGGAGGAAGCCACUGAAAAAAGCAGAGAGGAAAACGUUAGCAAGAGCCAUGCAAAAGCUCUCUCUUGCUCUGCAGAAACACUGGCAUCUAAUGGCAUCUUACAGGAGGAGGGGAAAGAGGCAAAGGAAGGGCAAGGCAAGGAGGAAAAGUCUGACAUUUUUUCAGAGUUGGAAAACAAAGAUGUAACCAGACACUGGAAGAAUAUCUAUGCUCUUUGUGUGCUGAAGACGGUGAGUCAGCUGACUCUUACAAUCCAGAAAGGCUUUUGGACCUGGUAUUCUAGUUACUUUGGUGCUGCAUCCCUCUUCACCAACAGAAAGUUUGCAGCCUUUGUGUUUUGGGCCUUAUUUGCAUACAGCACUUUUGUUAUCCCUUUUAUCCAUCUUCCAGAAAUAGUGAAGCAAUAUGGCCUAUCUACACAGAACGAUGUAUUCCCUUUGACCUCAAUUAUUGCCAUUGUCCACAUUCUUGGUAAGGUCGUCCUUGGCAUCAUUUCUGAUUCACCCUGCGUAAGUGCUUGGAAUGUCUUCAUGGCAGCCAACUUCACUCUUGUCUUCUGCAUUUUCAUUUUACCACUAAUGCACACAUAUGCUGGGCUCGCUGUGGUCUGUGCCCUAAUAGGAUUUUCCAGUGGAUAUUUUUCACUCAUGCCUGUUGUUACUGAAGAUUUAGUUGGGAUUAAGCACCUCGCAAAUGCCUAUGGAAUCAUCAUUUGUGCUAAUGGGAUUUCAGCACUCCUGGGACCACCUUUUGCAGGUUGGAUUUAUGACCUGACACAAAAAUAUGACUUUUCUUUCUACAUAUGUGGCUUGCUUUACAUGGUGGGAAUCCUCACUUUGCUCAUACAGCCUUGUAUUGGAAAGAUAAAGCCACCACCGGCAAAAAACACAGAAGGUGGUAAAGUAUAGCACAAUGUACUGUGUGCUUUUUUAAACAGAACGUCAUUUCAUCAUUUGGUUUUCCAGAAAUGCUACCAAACAGCACAUCUAAUGAGACCAACUGGACUGAAAGUCACCAUAUUUGGACAGUAAAUAAAGUUCACACUGCCACUAUCAAUGGACUGGUGGAAACAAGACUACAGCUGGUAGUUUUACUGGCACCUUUUCAAAAGCUGAACAUCCUACUGACACAAUGGUGCAGCUUGAUCAGUAGUUGAAAAUAAGUUCUUCCUUUUGUUAUUCACAGAGGUUUGACACAAGCACAAUUCAGCAGACAUGCAGUUACUCCUUAUUUACACUAACAGGAAAAAGAGAGAAAAAAUAAUUAGCCCCAUUAGAAAUCACACAUAUGAGAAUCAUCUCUAUUGGUUAUUCCAACUGUUGAUAAAUUAGUUGUUGAACAUCAACCAGAUACCAAUCUGUGACAUGUUACUACACAAAUUAAUGAGUUUCUUCUUUUAAGGCAGGGAUGGGGAACCUUUGGCCCUCUGGAUGAUGUUAGACUCCACUGCCCAUGAACCCCAGCCAGAUUGGCCAGUGGUCAGGGCUGAUGGGAGUUGUAGUUCAGCAAUAUUUGAAGGGCAGUAUGUUCCCAACUCUUGUUUUAAGGACUCAAGAUAAUGAAAAUGUUGUGGUUAUUAUUUUUAUUAUGGGAUAAAUGAUUUGUGUCUGCAGACCACGGAGCAAUUUAUUCUAUUUGCGCUAGCUUAAAUAACCUUGAGACAGCAACAUGGGAAAGAAGGAACAAUGGCAACAAAAGCUCAAAGAUUUAAGUGGUUCCUAGUGGGGAGCUACGUCAUGGUUCUUAGGAUUAAAGGAUCGGUAGUGAGGCUGAAGAUUCAUGGCUGCUGAUUUCAUGUUUACAUAUUUAGCCAAAAGGUAGCUUGUCAGUCAAUUGACCUGACAGUGUCUGUGGAUCCUAGUUCAACUAUUAGUCUUAUUUGCAGAGGUACUGUGGUGCCGCCGCCUCUGCAGAGUUCAAUUCCAAUUUUUCUUGCAGCAGUAUUAUCAGUUUAGGAUAGCAGAAUAGGUGGGAAAUAAUGAUUGUUUAUUUAAUUUCACAAGACUUGAUAGGAGCAGUUCAGAAUCGCCUUCACUGGCUUUGGUGAAAUUAGCACAGCCAGAGCAUGCCAUACCUCAUAUGUCAGAUCUCCCCACCCCACCCCCCGUGUAAUUGCUAUGUCACAUGCCUCUGAGACUAAACAAGCAAGGCUGGAACAUACAGCCAGCUGAUGUUAAGGGCACCAAUCAUGGCCUCUGCAAAAUGCAGCACUAAGGAUUGUGGCACUCUUCACCAUCUCUAUCUCCCUCCCUACCCUUCUUGUGUAGUGCCCCCUGCCAUUCAGCAAGCUGCCCCUGUUUGUGCAUGGGAAACAGCUUCUGAAGCUCUGCAACUAAGGGACAAAGCUAGUUCCCAAAAUUAGUGCUAAGGAGUCUAUCAUUGUCAUAGCUCUUGGAAGUCCAGUGUAUGAUUGUUUCCCCUGCUGCAUUAUGCCUCAAAAGCAGGAUUGGAUUGUAAUAACGAAAUAAUUUAGAUGUGGAAGUGUUUCUAAUUGUAAAAUAUAGUAAGGACUAUGUUGCACAUCAAAAUGCAAACAUGCCAAAAAAAAAUUAGGCACAGCAGCUUUAGUGCAGGGUUUUGUUUUUUUGGGUGGAGAAGUGGAUGAUUAAUUCUUUUCAGGCUGACUGCUUUAGAGCUGGAACUUCUUUCCCUAAGAUACUUUUCUAGGAUUCCAGAUGGUGUUUAUCUUGCAGUACAUGACUUUAGAGUUGCAGGGACUGUUGAAGCAAAAUGAAAAAAGGAAAAGGGGUUAAACAUCCCAAAUCUCUGCUGCUUCCCCACUGCAAGUUGCCUCUCCUGAAGUGGCUUAGAAAGCAUUUAGCCUUUGGUGUACUGCCUUCCACUACUGUGGAGAACCAUCUUAUCUCCCUGUGAUUUUUGCCAAAGACAAUCUCGGGUUGUAUGUCAGCUAGAAAGAAUGUUUAGUGUUCACUUUACUGCCUCCCAAAAUGUUGCAGUUUAACAUUUCCUCAGAGGGGAAAAAUGUUUCCAAAUGCAUACAGAAAUCCCUGGCUGCCUUAUUGUUUGUGUAAUUUACUGUACUGUUUUUAAUUUUAUUGUGUAACCUCAAGGAGCCACUUUCUCAGGGAUGAAAUUUAUCAAGGGUAUAUAUUUUGUCUGAGAAGCAACUCCUUAGAAUAUAAUACAGAAUGUUCGAUUAUAUAUACAGAGAACAAAAUAUAUGUAGUACAUUGUAAACCUGAAUAUGGCUUUUUCAAAGUGUGUUGUACGGGUUUUUGUUUUUGGUAGCACAACAAAAACUUUUAAGUGCAUUACAUUUUUUAAAAUGCUGAGAACAUGGUGGGGCAGUAUAGAAAUGGCUGGUUCACACAUUUACCCAGUUAGUGAUCGCCUCCACGUGGUAGCAGAGGAAGUGCUUUUAUCUAAAGCAGUGUUUCUCCAACUUUUUGAACUCGGGUCAUUUCUCCAGAAUUUACCCUCUGCUGUUCACAUCCCUGCGCCAGUCACACUCGGGCUGUUCCUUACGUAAACAAUAGAGAUCCUUGUACACAUGUAUUUGUUGUUGUUUAGCCGUUUAGCCGUGCCCGACUCUUCGUGACCCCAUGGACCAUAGCACGCCAGGCACUCCUGUCUUCCACUGCCUCCCGCAGUUUGGUCAGACUCAUGUUCGUAGCUUCGAGAACACUGUCCAACCAUCUCGUCCUCUGCCGUCCCCUUCUCCUUGUGCCCUCCAUCUUUCCCAACAUCAGGGUCUCUUCCAGGGAGUCUUCUCUUCUCAUGAGGUGGCCAAAGUAUUGGAGCCUCAGCUUCACGAUCUGUCCUUCCAGUGAGCACUCGGGGCUGAUUUCCUUCAGAAUGGAGUACACAUGUAUACCUUUCCCUAUAUAGGGAUCUUGCUAUAUGUACAGAAAACCUGGCAUUAGAAGAGGAACAGAACAUCUGUUUUCCUCAUAAAGUCAUGCACAGCAAAACAACAUCAGAAGAAAGCAGCGUUCUGAACUCUUCUUUCAAAAUUGCACCCAGACAAUGAUGCACACCAGUCAUCAUCUUCUGCCAGGGGACAUUUAAUUCACCCAGGUCCUGACUGGUGAGAGCAGAAGCUGCCAAUUGCUUCAGAAUUCAGCCCCUCUUUGGAAUAUUGCCUCCCUGCUUUACCAGGCCUCUCUGCGAACCACUGACCUACCUAGGGUAAGGUAUAGCAUUGGCACUCCAAAUGGAGAUGGAAUUUGCACUAUUCUUCCCUUUCAAAAAGAAGAAAGAGAACACAAACCACAGCAAUCAUAAAGUGGGGUUAGAGGAACUGAGCAGCUAUUUCUCCAUUGGCUUUUGGAUCCAGCCUUUGGGGGGGGGGAGGGAGUGGAUCUGGCACCAUAAUGCCCUACUUUUGGAGCUUUCUGCUGGCCAUUGCUGAUGGUAACUUACUGCCUACUAGGCUGGAGGUGGGUAUUCCACUGCAGCAGAGCCACCCCCAUUAGGGGCACUCUCCACUGGUGGGAGGCUGAUGCAUCCUAACCCAAGCCAUCUAGGUAUGCUUGCCUAAAGAAGAAUGCUUUUAGCAGGUGCCUGAAAAAAGUCUAGCAAAGCCAGGUGCUUUAUUGCAAUAGGCGGGGAGUUCCAAAGUGCAGGUGCCGUCACACUAAACAAUGCAGUACAGAUAUUAUGUGGAACGUGUAGUAGUGCUUGAAACAACUGAAGGGGAGAUUUUAUUAGGAUUGCACCAUUCAGGAUACAUGUUUAUGGGCCUCUACAUGAAACUCCUGCAGAACAUGUUCCUUUGGAUGUGGUGAAGAGGGUUAAUGUUGGAUGUGGUGAAGAGGGUUAAUGAAGCAGCCUAAUGUUUGGUGACUGCAAUCAUUUACUCUGUUUUGAGAGCUCCUAUCUCUCAACUAGUUUAUUAAGGGUGCUUAUUUUUUGUGCGUAAAUCAAAUUAUUGUUUAAAUAUGUAAGUGCAACACUGGGAUCUUAAGAAAAUGCAGUAAAGGGGAAAUAAUGAUAA